AUGGAAGACGAGAAAGGGAAGAAGGUCUGCAACGACGAGGUGGUGGACAACAUCGUCUCCCAAGUCGUCGCGGGCUACGAGUCCACUUCCAACGCCAUUAUGUCUCCCCUUGCUCUUCACAAGCUGAGGGAGGAGAACGACGCUGUAAGUAGAGACAAGAAUGGUGGCUUCAUUUCCCUGGAUGACAUCCCUAGCAUGAAGUAUACUGCCAAGGAAGUGGCGUCCACCAUUGUUGACCGCCAGCCAGCCAGCCCCAGCCGAUCGGGCUGUAUGAUGAUCCACUCAGCUUCAACUCAGGCAGAUGGAACAUGCGAGCUGCUUAAUCCUAACGCUGAGGUCACAUACCUUCCCCACUCGAAACCGGUAGAUGGGGCUGCCAUGUCAUUUAGCAAACUGAACUCUGUUUAA